AAGAUUGCGAAUAAAGAUGCCCAACAGUUGUUGUACACUGAGAUGGGUUUGUAUUUUUCUAUAGAGAAUGCUGCCCUAUCCGACAAAUACAUAAGUGUGGUAAAAAUCACGUAUGUGCAUCCGUUCACCAAGUGGAGCGGGUAACUCCUGCUAACAUGCCGAAGUCGGCAAGUUUCCUGAACUUCAUUCGACUGAGUCCAAACUCGCCCACCACGCCUCUCCCGCGGCCAGUCUGCACGCAGCGGUUGCGGACCCUUGUGAUGCUCGCGUCGCGAGGAUGGCAGGCCAGCUCUGCGCUCGCCCUCCUCUGGACGACCUCCGGCAAAAUAUUGUUCCGCAGGAUCGCCCGCAGGUGCAGUCGCUCCUUCUCGAACUCAGCCACCGUCGCUCUUCUCCGCCGAUCUUUGCGGAUCGCCUUCAGGUUGCCUGGAGAGACCGCGGACACGUGCAGGGGUCGAAGUCCGCGGCUCAGUACGACGCUGUUUAGCACCUCAGACCACUUCAACAAUCGUAGAAGGUCGUUUGUGUGACAGUGCUUCCUUGCUGUAGCUACCAAUCUUUGCAAUGCCAUCCCUACCAGCUAGGAGGGUCCCCAAAAUCACGUAUAUACACGGAGGCGUUAUUUAGAGUAGCUAGCGUCUUGGAGCAGAACCGUACCGGGACCAGUCUGGGACAAAGGUCAACGUACGUUUAUGGUGUGCGAAAUGGCUGAGAGUGCGAGGGAGAGGGAAGGAGAUGAGAGUGGAGGGAGUGACGAGUACGAAUAUGUCACCCUUACCUCUGCAGAAGUGUUGGAGAAACUGGAGGAGGCAUGGCAGAACGAGAGGUUUGCUCCUGAGCUACUGGAGCAUAAGACGGAGGUCGUGGACUGUGUUCUGGAGCAGAUAAAGGAGAUGGAGGAGAACCUGAGUCACGUGGGAAGAGGGGACUUUGUCGCUGGAAUUCACCGACUUGAGCUGGACAGAGUUCAGUAUGUCCUCAGGAGCUAUCUACGAACUAGACUGGAGAAGAUUGAGAGACAUGUACUGCAUGUCUUGGAGCAGGAGGCUGAUGGCAGCAGUUCAUCACGACUUUCUCCUGAGGAGCUUGUCUUUGCCAAGGAGUGAGUUCAGCUGCCUUCUUCUUGCCGAGUAAACAAGGGAUAGAAAGAGAGAGAGAAUGUGUGUGUGUGCGUUGUCUCCAGGUACGCAGACAACAUGGAAGCUCACCUACAGUCUCUGGUACUGCAGCACAUGCCUUCCAAUCUACAGAAACUGGACCACUCAAAAGCUGGUAAGCCCCUCCUCUGAUGAGCUGUCUUAUACAUUGUGUGCAGUGGUGUGUGUAGUUAGUGUGUGUUGCUGAUGCAGUGUCGAGGCCCAAUAUGGACAGCUAUGUGUUUGUCAGAGCUGUGGAGAGGACAGAGCAGGUCAACGUGGACCCUCAGUGAGUUGAACUUCUCUAUUUUCGUCAGGUGAUCAUGUUCAUAGGAUCUGUGGAGGUUAUUUGUGUCAUCCAUCCUUGCAUGAUUUGCCAUGUGCUAACCACAUGCUAACCACAUGGGCAUCUCAUGCGCCCUUUGUCCUGUAGCAGUGCAGACAAUGUAGGAUAUUGACCUGUCUUCAACUGCUGUCAUGGCAGUUGUCCAAACACAGCUGGCUGACUAGGUAUUGAUUUUAAACUUCUUGAGUACUUGCAACGAUGUUAAUUAAAAAGGUGGGUAGAGAGCUAACUGUGGCUGAGGCCUAUAGCUAAAACAAGGCUGGCUGACUAGGUAUUGAAACUUCUGGAGUACUUGUGACCAAUGCUAACGAUGUUAAUUAAAAAGGUGGGUAGAGAGCUAACUGUGGCUGAGGCCUAUAGCUAAAACACCUGGCUGUCUUUGUCUGGGCUCUGAUUAGGAUUGGGAAGCCUGAAUUUGUGGGUAGCCCUACAUGUUUUGUUGGU